AUGUGUAAUUGCGGAGAUCAACGCAAACGAUUUCACACCAACGCAAGCGGAGUGGGUGGAGGAGCUUGUUUCGCUCUUCCCCCCACGGUUGACGUCUUGACGAUCGUCGAUGUGGUUGCAGCCUUGCUGAAAUGUGAUGAGUCUGUGGAGGCUACGGCGGAGUUUCGGCAACAGUGCGUUGAUGAUGGCUCUCUGGCGUUGACGCUUACGCGUGUCAUGAGUGAGGCUGAGGUGCGGCUGGCGGUGGUGAGAUCCCUCUUGGAUGGCGACGUCACCACCCCGGCGAGGCUGUUGCAGUGCGAGCAUGCGGAACUCAAACAGUUCGGUAUGACGGACGUCGAGGUUGCUGCCGUUACCCGCGCGGCGCUCAAGGUGGAGUCCGCCCGCGUGAAAUUGGAGCGGCUCCAGAGCAGAAUUGGGACAAGGUAG